AUGGUGUUGCUGAGCCCAUCGAUCGACGCCCUUAGGACGCUAGUAAGUGUUUGUGAGCGGUAUGCGGAGGCCCAGGGUCUCAAGUACAAUGUCUCUAAAAGUGAGCUGCUAGUCUUCAGAGAAAGAACGGUCCAAUUAGACGACCUAAUGUUACCUCCAGUGAGACUGAAUGGCACUCCACUUAAAGUUGUAAGAGAAUUUAAGUACUUGGGACACUGGGUAACCUCAUCACUAAAAGAUGACGUAGAUGUGGAAAGGGAGCGUAGGGCGCUGGCACCUAUGGAUCAACUUUACUCAAAAACUUACAGCGCCCUACGCAUCCAAUAUAAUAAUGCUUUUAGGAUGCUGUUGGGGCUGCCGCGGUAUUGCAGCGCUAGUGGUAUGUUCGCGGAGGCGCGCACCGACGGCUUCCACGCCAUAAUGCGCAAGCGGGUGGCGUCACUGGAACCCACCUGGUGGGCGCUUGUGAACUUUGCUCAGAUGCCAGUCAACCCGCUGGGUAAAGUAUGA